AGCCCGGCCGGGGCUGUCCCGGCCCUGCCCCGAUCCCCACCGCGGCUUUCCCCGCCCCGGGAUUCCCCGCGGGAAGACGGCGUCCCGCUAUUCGUUCCUCCGCCUGCUGCUGCUGCGGAAGUGCCCGGCUGGGGAGCUUGCGGCCGGCGGCGUGGGGAGGCCGAGGGGGCUCUGUGGAGGUACGAUGCCGCCCAAAGGUCCCGGCAGAGGAAAGCUGCCAGUCCCGCUCCCUAAAGACAUGAUCCUGAAAGACACCGAAGGAAAAACGUGGAGGCUGGGCAAUCAGAUCGGCCAGGGAGGAUUUGGCCUGAUCUAUUUGGCAUCCCCUCAAACUCAGGUUCCUGUAGAAGAUGAUGCAGUGCAUGUCAUUAAAGUGGAAUAUCUUGAAAAUGGCCCCUUGUUUUCUGAGCUGAAGUUCUACCAGAGGGCUGCAAAACAAGAGCAUAUAAGAAAAUGGAUGGAUCUCAAAAAAAUAAGAUGUUUAGGAAUUCCAGUCUUUUGGGGAUCAGGCCUGGCUGAGUACAAGGGAAAAAGCUACAGGUUCAUGGUCAUGGAGAGACUGGGGCAAGACCUUCAAAGAAUCUUUGAAGCUUGUGGAAGCAAGUUUAGGAAGGAGAUUGUUCUGCAACUUGGGGCACGAAUGCUGGAUACUUUGGAAUACAUACAUGAAAAUGAGUAUGUCCAUGGGGACAUCAAAGCAGCAAAUCUUCUUCUGGGCUACAGCAAUCCACACGAGGUUUAUCUUGCAGAUUAUGGACUUUCCUACAGAUAUUGUCCCAAUGGGAACCACAAACAGUAUCAGGAAAAUCCUAGGAAGGGCCAUAAUGGGACAAUAGAGUUUACCAGCAUAGAUGCCCACAAGGGAGUAGCCCCAUCCAGACGAGGUGACCUUGAAAUCCUUGGCUACUGCAUGCUGCAGUGGUUGUGUGGGAAGCUGCCCUGGGAGCAGAACCUCAAGGACCCUGUAGCUGUCCAGACUGCGAAAACAAAACUUAUGGAUGAGCUCCCAGAUUCAGUGCUGAGGUGGGAUUCUCCUGGAAGCAGCUGCAGUGAAAUAGCCAAGUUUCUGGCCUCUGUUUCUGGCUUAGCUUAUGCUGAGAAGCCAAAGUAUCAAGUGCUGAAGAAAAUCCUGCUGGAUGGCCUGGAGUCAAGUGGGAUGCGCUACGACGGCCCUCUGGAAUUUUCCGCGGCAGCAGCGUGCACACAGAAUCACCGUGCUGCUAAGGCACCCAGAGUUCGUCCCGCAAAGCCUCCACCAAAACCAGCUCAGCAGAAGGGAAAAAAGCCAGAAGGUGAAGAACCUGCCUGUCAAAACAAAGCAUGUGUGGGGGCGACAGGCACUCAGUUCCUGGGAGAAGGAAAGCCAAACACAAGGAGCAGGAAGCAGCACACAGAGUUACCAUCUGUACCUCAGAGGGCUCCCUUGGCCAGGCCUUCCCCAAAAGCAGUGCAGCAGAAGGAGGACACAGAGCACAGGGACCACUUCAGCUGCCUGCGCAGGCCCCACACGCGGGGAACACAGCGGCAGCUCCAGCUGGAAGAGAAGCCACUCGGAGUUUACACUACACGGCAGGAGCCUGAGCACCCAAAAAAGCAGUCUGAUCAUCACUGCCUGGAGACUCCGGUACAAGCUGGGAGAGGGAAGCAGCAAAAGCACAGCUGUACCUGAGAGCACCAGGCAGGACAGUGGUGAGCAGAACCAUCCUGGGACAUGUUUUGGCUGCCAGCAGGGGAGAUGGAGUCUGACAAGUCAAACACAACUUUGGAAUAGGAAAUCAGUCCAGUGUUACUUCCUAGUCCUCAAAUGUAAAGUUUUUGCAGAAAAGGGACCGAUCACUGGGCUGGUGGUUGGAUUAUAAUUGUGUUUGGAUUUAGUUUUUCCUAAUGUUUGGGGAUCCCUUUCAGAGGCAGAGGCUGGCCAAGGGCAGCAUUGCUGCUGGAGAUGUAAAACAGCCCAGGCACCCCUGGCCAGCCAGAACAAGCCCCAGUUC